UUUUUCUUUAGGAAGUUGAGGCUUAGUCCUUAUUGAGGUGUAUAAGUUCAUGAGGGGCAUGGAGAAAAUGAAUGCUCAGUCUUUUUCCCCCCAGGGUCGAGGAAAACUAGGGCUAUGAUGAGUCAUAGGGAGAGGGUUGAGUAGGCUAGGACUUUAUUCCUUAGGGCGCAAGAGGAUGAGGAGGUAUCUUGUAGAGGUGUAUCAAAUCAUUAGAGGAAUAGAUCGGGUAAAUGCACAGAGUCUCUUGCCCAGAGUAGGGGAAUCGAGAGCCAGAGGACAUAGGUUUAAAGUGAGUGGGGAAAGAUUUAAUAGGAACCUGAGGGGUAACUUUUUUACACAAAAGGGUGGUGGAUUUAUGGAAUGAGCUGCUGGAGGAAGUACUUGAGGCAGGUACUAUUGCAACUUUUAAGAAACAUUUAGAGGUAUAUGGAUAGGUUUGGAGGCCUAUGGGCCAAACACAGGUAGGUGGGACUAGUGUAGAUGGGACAUGUUGGUCGGUGUGGGCGGGUUGGGCUGAAGGGCCUGGGUCCACACCAUAUGACUGACUAGAGGGCAUAGGCUUAACAAUAAGAAGUGUAUCAGUGUAACGAAAGAGCUGAUUUACAUUGCAUUGCGUACAGUGAGGAUUGGAGUUCACCAGUUGAUUUUCUUCAUUUUCAGUGAGCACAGUCGCGAAAUAAAUCUUGAACCAAGAGUUUUAAAUCAAGAAUUUUAAGGAAAGCUAGCUUCUUCAAAGAUUACAACUUCUCGUAUGAUAGAGAAGUCAGAGGCUGAAUCUAUGUUGUCUGAUGAACUAGAACCCAAACCCGAGUUGCUGGUGCAGUUUGUCCAGAAUACAUUUAUACCCCUGGGAGAAGGUUUUGAAGAAUCAGAACAAGAGGACCCCUCGGCUUCUGCUCUCUCUGUGCCGACACAGGUUGAGGUGCCAGACGCCAGCAAGAGGCCAGCCUCUGGAGAGAACGCAGAUGGAAGCGCGCCGUGGUACCUCCGCGUUCAGGAGCUGGCGCACGACAGCCUCGUAGCAGCGACCAGGGCACAGCUGGCCAAGGAUUCAAAAGGAGAUGCUGAUGAAACCUGCAGUGCGUCCAGCUGUACGGAAGGCGGCUCACCCGAGGUGCCGCGCAACAAUCCUCAGGGCGAGAAAACUCUCAAGUGCUCGUACGAAGGCUGCAGCAGGACCUUCCUCUGGCACGCUCAUCUCAAAUACCACCUGAAGACGCACAAGAAUGACCGUUCGUUCAGCUGUCCGAAGGAGGGGUGUGGGAAGAGUUUCUACGUACUCCAGAGAUUAAAAGUACACAUGAGGACUCAUAACGGAGAGAAACCCUACACCUGCGCUGAGGGUGACUGUGGGAAGAAGUUUACAACAGCCGGCAACUUGAAGAACCACAUGCGAAUUCACACAGGGGAGAAACCGUUUGUCUGUGAAGCAAGUAGCUGCGGGCGAUGUUUUACGGAGUACUCCAGUCUACGCAAACACAUGAUCGUGCACUCGGGUGAGAAGCCUUACCAGUGUAGCAUCUGCUGGACGACGUUCUCCCAGAGUGGCAGCAGAAAUGUCCACAUGCGGAAAUACCACAAUGUCCCCACGCCCUUCAGUGAACAAGAUGAGGCCGCAGCCACUGCCCUGCCUGAUGAUAGUGUGGAAGGCCUGUCAGAGGUACUCGCAGAACGUUCAGUAACGGCGGCUUCUGUGCAGUCAUUGUCUACCCUGGAAGCCCAGCCUUUGGUGAUGCCACACAAUAUACUUGGUGCAGAAGAGGAUGUGUUACCCGAGAGUUCACUGUUAGCUUCUGGCACCACAACAACAGCAUCUGUGGUGGUUCUGCCCCAGCCUCACCAUCUUGUCACCAUUGCUUCUGCGGGACAUUCUUAUGAGGAAGUAGUCACCAUGUUACUAAGUGAAUGGCUGUAAAUCCUUUUGUUGGACCAUGUGCCCUGCAUUGUGAUUGAAGGACAACACAGAAUGGAGAUCAACAUUGCUGCUGCUGUGAUUGCGUCUCCCACCACUUUAUUAACACGUCUGCUCUGUAGUUACGCAAGAAAUCAACAUCCAAAAGCAAUGAUGCUGGGUACAUUUCUCAUUCUAGCCCUUCAUUGCACAUUUAACCAUGUAUGCAAGAUCCCAAUGAUAUCCUGCAUGGGGGAAGUUAAUCAAAGUUUGACUACUUCAUGGAACAGCAUAGAGAAGUAGACUAGUAUUUAUUUGCAAACAACCAUUUAACUUGCAACCCUGCAGUGAAUGUCGUCAAGUACUGGCAUUGUGAAAGGCCUAACAGAUCUUGCAGAUCAGUAGAUGUGGAUGAUGGGAGAAUUCUCCAUGUAUUCUAGCCUCCAUUAACUGCCCUGUGUUGCCUCCCAAGUCUUAUUCCGCUGGGUGGUUUCAUUCCCCUGGCAAGGCGACACUGCUGAUUAUCAGAAUCGCCUGUGGACUUUAGCUUUUGAAUAAAUCAGCGGGUUCAGUGACUGAUUUCGCCGAAGCGUUUGUGUUUAGAUUACUAAAAAGUCUUCCAAAUAUCUCUUCAUGCGCCCUUCUCGAAUCGGGUGUGAAUGCUGCGUGAAUUUUGUUAUACUUCACAUUAAAUAAAAUAUGUUUCUAACAUCA